AUGAAUUUUUUCCUGCAAAAUCACUAGUUUUUAAAUAUGGUUAUUUUUAAAAAAUAAUAAAAAUUAUUAACAAAUAAAUAGGCUCUUAUGGAAAUAAAUUUUAUAUAAUAUUAUAAGGAAUUGUAGGUAUAUAUAUAAGAUUUCCUAGAGAUUUUUCCAUUUUAAAUCCAAUAUAUAUAAAAUAAACAAACGAUCCAAUUAAAGACAAUACCUAUGGCUUACGAUUUUUUAAAGAAUUAUAAAGUGGAAAUAGCUUUGGAGAGUUAGCUCUUUUAGAAGAUAAACCUAGAUCAGCAACUAUAAUGA